CGUUAAAACUGACGCAACUGACGUCAUCGCCAGCAAUAGUCUGCCAGUGAGUGCCAUGUUUAAUGUCAAGUAAAAGUUUUUGGAUAAAAACUGAGUUUUGUGUACCGUUUAAACUUCAAAGUGCUUAGAUUAUUAUCAGAAAAGGUUCCAGAAGUAUUUGAAACUGAUUCACUAUGGAUCAGAUACCUCCUCCCAAAGAAGUGAAGAUUCUCGAAACAGCCGAAGAUAUCCAAGAACGACGUCAACAGGUUUUAUCUAGAUAUGACAACUUCAAGGCUGAUGCCCGAGCAAAAAGAGAAAAAUUAGAAGAUUCGCGACGUUUCCAAUAUUUCAAACGCGACGCAGACGAACUUGAAUCAUGGAUCCUUGAAAAGUUGCAAGCAGCUUCCGAUGAAAGCUACAAAGAUCCUACUAACUUACAAGCUAAAAUCCAAAAACAUCAAGCUUUUGAGGCUGAAGUUGCUGCCCAUAGCAAUGCAAUCGUUGUAUUAGACAACCAAGGACGCGAAAUGAUCAAUCAAAAUCACUACGAGUCUGAAACGAUUCGUCGCAGACUUGAGGAGCUUCACCGACUUUGGGAACAACUCCUGUCGAAACUCGCCGAAAAAGGGAUGAAAUUGCAACAAGCUCUAGUUUUGGUGCAAUUCAUCCGUCAAUGCGAUGAAGUUAUGUUCUGGAUUAACGACAAAAGCACUUUCCUUACAACCGAAGAGUUUGGACAUGACCUUGAACAUGUCGAAGUCCUCCAACGCAAAUUCGACGAAUUCCAGAAAGACAUGGCGUCGCAGGAACACCGCGUUACCCAAGUCAAUGAACUCGCCGAUAAACUUCUCCAAGACGGUCAUCCUGAACGCGAUACAAUCAUCACUCGCAAAGAGGAACUCAACAAUGCGUGGCAACGCCUCAAACAGAUGACUCUGAUGCGCCAAGACAAGCUCUACGGCGCUCACGAAAUUCAAAGAUUUAAUCGAGAUGCCGACGAAACUGUCGCUUGGAUCGCUGAAAAGGACGUUGUUUUGUCAUCUGACGACUACGGACGCGAUUUGGCGAGCGUUCAAGCCCUUCAAAGGAAACACGAAGGAGUGGAAAGGGACUUGGCGGCCCUUGAAGACAAGGUAUCAACAAUCGGGAAAGAAGCCGAUCGAUUGUGUGCCAUUCAUGGCGAUCAUGGGGAUCAGAUUCAGUCGAAAAGAGCCGAAAUUGAGGAUUAUUGGCAAAGCUUGACAGCUAAAGCUAAAGAACGAAGAGAUAAAUUGUUGGAAUCGUAUGCUUUGCAUCGGUUUUUGUCCGAUUUUAGAGAUUUGGUCUCUUGGAUUAAUGACAUGAAGGCGAUUAUUUCCGCCGAUGAGUUGGCCAAGGAUGUUGCCGGGGCUGAGGCACUUUUGGAGAGGCAUCAGGAACACAGAGGAGAGAUUGAUGCACGAGAGGAUAGUUUUGCUGCAACGACUGAAGCAGGAAGAUUGCUCUUGGAGAAUGGACAUUAUGCGAGCGAUGAGGUCAAAGAGAAGUUGUCCACGUUGGUCUCUGAUAAAAAUUCUCUGCUGGCAUUAUGGGAAGAACGGCGCAUUCUAUACGAGCAAUGCAUGGAUUUGCAACUUUUCUAUCGCGAUACCGAACAAGCCGACACCUGGAUGGCCAAACAAGAAGCCUUCUUGGCCAACGAAGAUUUGGGCGACUCGUUAGACUCCGUCGAAGCCCUUAUCAAAAAACACGAAGAUUUCGAAAAGUCACUUGCUGCACAAGAAGAGAAAAUCAAAGCUCUUGACGAAUUUGCGACCAAAUUAAUCGAUGGCGAACAUUAUGCUGCUGAUGACGUGGCACAAAGACGAGCAAUGCUUUUAGAGCGUAGAUCAGCUCUUAAAGAGAAAUCAGCUCAAAGAAGAGCUCUUCUGGAAGAUGCUUAUAAAUUGCAACAAUUUGAACGCGAUUGCGACGAAACGAAAGGGUGGAUCAAUGAAAAACUUAAAUUUGCCACUGAUGAGAGUUAUCUAGAUCCGACUAAUUUAGGUGGAAAGGUACAGAAACAUCAGAAUUUUGAACAAGAACUCAAUGCAAAUAAAACAAGAAUGGAAGAUAUUACUUCGACUGGACAAGAAUUGGUGGAUGCUAGACAUUACGCAGCGCCUAGGAUUCAAUCCCGUAUGGAAGAAAUUGUCAACUUGUGGGAAACUUUAGUCCAAUCAACUGACAAGAAAAGUUCCAAAUUGCAAGAAGCGAGUCAACAACAACAAUUCAAUCGUACGAUUGAAGAUGUGGAGUUGUGGCUGUCUGAAAUUGAAGGCCAACUCAUGUCUGAAGAUUAUGGCAAAGAUCUCACCUCCGUCCAAAAUCUUCAGAAGAAACAUGCUUUAUUAGAAGCCGAUGUUGCGUCUCAUCAAGAUCGCAUUGAAGGAAUCACAGCUGCCGCUAAUCAAUUCGUCGAACGCGGCCAUUUCGACGCUGAUAACAUAGCACACAAACAGAAAGUCUUGACUGAUCGAUACACAGCGUUGCAGACUCCGAUGGCCAUCAGGAAACAACGUCUUUUGGAUUCUUUGCAAGUACAACAGUUGUUUAGAGACAUCGAAGAUGAGGAAGCUUGGAUUAGGGAGAAGGAACCAAUAGCAGCGGGGACAACUCGAGGACGUGAUUUGAUAGGAGUACAGAAUUUGAUCAAGAAACAUCAAGCCGUUUUAGCUGAAAUUAACAAUCACGAUGCUCGCAUUAGUGCUGUUGUCGAAGCCGGUAAACAAAUGAUGGAAGAUGAGCAUUUUGCCAGUGACCAGAUUCGUAACAGAGUCAAUGCUCUGAAUGACCAUUGGGUACAGUUGAAGGAGAAAGCCAAUCAGCGGAAGCAAGAUUUGGAUGAUUCGCUACAAGCUCAUCAGUAUUAUGCUGAUGCUAACGAGGCCGAAUCGUGGAUGAAGGAAAAAGAACCGAUUGUGAACAAUACUGAUUACGGGAAAGAUGAAGAUUCAUCCGAGGCUUUAUUGAAGAAACAUGAAGCUCUGAUGAGUGAUUUGAUCGCGUUUGGAAAUACGAUUGAAGCUCUGAAAGAACAAGCUCGCAAUUGUAGGCAACAAGAACCACCAGUUGUUGACGUUACUGGAAGAGAAACAGUGCAAGCUUUGUAUGAUUAUACCGAGAAAUCCGCUCGCGAAGUUUCCAUGAAGAAAGGCGAUUUGUUGCAUCUUUUGAAUUCCAGCAACAAGGAUUGGUGGAAAGUGGAAAUCCACGACCGCCAAGGCUUCGUCCCUGCGGCUUAUGUGAAAAAAGUGGACGCCGGUCUCACAGCCUCUCAACAAAACCUUGUCGACAACAACUCCAUCUCUGCCCGACAAAACCAAAUCAACACCCAAUAUGACCGUCUCCUCGCUCUCGCUCGCGAACGUCAAAACAAACUCAACGAAACAGUCAAAGCGUAUGUUUUGGUUCGCGAAGCGGCCGAACUCGCAAACUGGAUUAAGGACAAAGAAAUGCACGCCCAAGUCCAAGAUGUUGGUGAAGAUCUCGAACAAGUGGAAGUAAUGCAGAAGAAAUUCGAUGAUUUCCAGACCGAUUUGAAAGCGAAUGAAGUGCGUUUGGCCGAAAUGAACGAAAUUGCGAUGCAGUUGGUGUCUUUGGGGCAAACUGAAGCUGCGCUCAAGAUUCAAACACAGAUGGAGGAUUUGAAUACGAAGUGGACGUCUUUGCAGCAGUUGACGGCCGAGAGGGCUAAUCAAUUGGGGUCGGCGCAUGAGGUUCAGAGAUUCCACAGGGAUGUGAAUGAGACCAUUGAUUGGAUUCAGGAGAAAGAUGAAGCUUUGAACAAUGAUGAUUUGGGGAAGGAUUUGAGGAGUGUGCAAGCGUUACAGAGGAAACAUGAGGGGUUGGAGAGAGAUUUGGCCGCCUUAGGGGAUAAGAUUAAACAACUAGAUGAGAUUGCCGGCCGAUUGGUCCAAACUCAUCCGGAAAGUGCCGAGCAGACUCGAGCUAAACAAGAGGAAAUCAACGAAUUGUGGACACAAUUGACUGCUAAAGCGAAUAAUCGUAAAGAAAAGUUGCUCGAUUCGUACGAUUUGCAACGUUUCCUCAAUGAUCAUCGCGAUUUAAUGGCGUGGAUGAAUUCUAUGCUCGGAUUGGUUACGUCUACUGAGUUGGCUAGUGAUGUUACGGGAUCAGAGGCACUGAUUGAACGUCAUCAGAACUACAGAGCUGAAAUAGAUGCACGUUGUGGACUACCUCAGGAACAUAGAACUGAAAUUGAUGCUCGUGCGGGAACAUUCAACGCACUUGAACAAUUCGGCCAACAACUCCUCAGUUCUCAACAUUAUGCAAGUCCCGAAAUUCAAGAAAAACUAGAACAACUCAACGAAUUUCGCAAAGAAUUAGAGACACGUUGGAUUGAAAGACGAGUCCAAUUGGACCAAAAUCUCGACUUGAAUCUCUUCUACAGGGAUUGCGAACAAGCAGAAAACUGGAUGUCCGACCGAGAGGCUUUCCUUGCAUCAGAUGAAGUCGAUUCCAACACCGACAAUGUUGAGGCAUUGAUCAAGAAACAUGAAGAUUUUGAUAAAGCUAUCAAUGCCCAUGAGGAAAAAAUUGCCGCACUUGAAAGCUUAGCCAACCAACUCAUCCAAAACGAACACUACGCGUCCCAAGACAUCGACAACAAGCGUAAACAAGUCUUGGAUCGAUGGCGCCAUCUCAAAGAAGCUUUGAUCGAAAAACGUUCAAAACUCGGCGAAAGUCAAACCUUACAACAAUUCUCACGCGAUGCCGAUGAAAUUGAAAACUGGAUCGCUGAAAAAUUACAACUUGCGACUGAAGAAAGUUAUAAAGAUCCGGCCAACAUCCAAUCGAAACAUCAGAAACAUCAAGCGUUCGAAGCUGAAUUAGCUGCAAACGCCGAUAGGAUUCAGUCAGUUCUGUCAAACGGUGCGAAUUUGAUCGAGAAAAGACAAUGCGCCGGGUCGGAAGAGGCUGUGCAAAAGCGACUCGAAUCAAUUGCCGAUCAAUGGGAAUUUUUGACUCACAAAACCACCGAAAAAUCGAUGAAAUUGAAGGAAGCGAACAAACAAAGAACUUACAUUGCGGCCGUUAAAGAUUUGGACUUCUGGUUAGGCGAAGUCGAGAGUUUGUUGACGAGUGAAGAUGCUGGGAAGGAUCUGGCUUCGGUGCAGAAUUUGAUGAAGAAGCAUCAGUUGGUCGAGGCUGAUAUCCAGGCCCAUGAGGACAGGAUUAAGGAUAUGAAUGAUCAAGCCGAUUCACUUAUCGAAAGCGGUCAAUUUGACACCGCUUCAAUUCAAGAAAAACGCCAAUCGAUCAAUGAGCGUUAUGAACGCAUCAAGAAUUUGGCCGCUCAUAGACAAGCGCGUCUCAACGAAGCCAAUACUUUGCAUCAAUUCUUCCGCGAUAUUGCCGAUGAAGAAUCCUGGAUCAAGGAGAAGAAGCUUUUGGUGGGUUCAGAUGACUACGGACGUGACUUAACUGGCGUUCAGAAUUUGAAAAAGAAGCAUAAACGUCUCGAAGCCGAAUUGGGGUCUCACGAACCGGCCAUUCAAGCCGUUCAAGAAGCGGGCGAGAAAUUAAUGGACGUGUCAAAUCUUGGUGUACCCGAAAUCGAGCAACGUCUCAAAGCCUUGAACCAAGCUUGGGCCGAAUUGAAACAAUUGGCGGCCACUCGUGGUCAAAAACUGGACGAGUCUUUGACUUAUCAACAAUUCCUGGCUAAAGUCGAAGAAGAGGAAGCUUGGAUUAGUGAAAAACAACAGUUGUUGAGUGUUGAAGAUUACGGCGAUACCAUGGCUGCAGUUCAAGGUUUAUUGAAGAAACAUGACGCUUUUGAAACCGAUUUUCAAGCUCACAGAGAAAGAUGCAAGGAUAUCAACGAUGCUGGGAAGAAGUUGGUCACGGAAGGAAACCAUCAUGCUGAUAGCAUUAACCAGCGUUGCCAACAAUUGCAAACUAAAUUGGACCAUUUGGCGGCUUUGGCUGGUCGACGCAAGGCGAAAUUGAUUGACAAUUCGGCCUAUUUGCAAUUUAUGUGGAAGGCGGAUGUUGUUGAAAGUUGGAUUGCUGAUAAAGAAACACAUGUGAAGAGCGAGGAGUAUGGCAGGGAUUUAUCGUCGGUGCAGACGUUGCUUACAAAACAGGAGACAUUUGAUGCAGGUCUCACGGCUUUUGAGCACGAGGGUAUUCAGAAUAUCACCGCCCUUAAGGACCAAUUGAUCGCUUCGAAUCACGAUCAGAGUCCGGCGAUUUUGCAACGUCACGCCGAUGUGAUCGCCAGAUGGCAGAAAUUGUUAGCUGAUUCGGACGCCCGCAAACAGCGACUUCUCCACAUGCAAGAUCAAUUUCGACAAAUUGAAGAUCUUUUCCUCACUUUUGCCAAGAGAGCAUCAGCGUUCAAUUCUUGGUUUGAAAAUGCUGAGGAGGAUUUAACCGAUCCGGUGCGAUGCAAUUCGAUUGAGGAGAUCAGAGCGUUGAGAGAGGCUCAUGCACAGUUCCAGGCGUCUCUGUCGAGCGCGCAAGCCGAUUUUGAAGCUUUGGCAGCUUUGGAUCAACAAAUCAAGAGCUUCAAUGUUGGACCGAAUCCCUACACUUGGUUUAAUAUGGAAGCUUUGGAAGAAACUUGGAGGAACUUGCAGAAGAUUAUCGCCGAGAGGGAUGUUGAGUUGAAUAAGGAAGCUCAGAGACAGGAAGAAAAUGAUAAGUUGAGGAAGGAAUUUGCUAAGCAUGCAAAUGCGUUCCAUCAAUGGUUGACAGAAACUCGUUAUCGAAUUUUGGGUUGGGACGGUACAUCGAUGAUGGAAGGCUCCGGUUCCUUGGAGCAACAACUCGAAGCCACCAAACGCAAAGCUGCCGAAGUGCGCGCCCGUCGCUCCGACUUGAAGAAAAUCGAAGACCUGGGGGCCAUUCUCGAGGAACAUCUCAUUCUUGAUAACCGCUACACUGAGCAUUCUACUGUCGGUUUAGCCCAACAGUGGGAUCAACUAGACCAAUUGGGCAUGAGAAUGCAGCAUAACCUUGAACAACAGAUACAAGCUCGCAACCAAUCAGGUGUGAGUGAAGACGCUCUUAAAGAAUUCUCGAUGAUGUUCAAACAUUUCGACAAGGAGAAAUCCGGAAAAUUGAACCAUCAAGAAUUCAAGAGUUGUCUAAGAGCGCUGGGUUAUGAUCUUCCAAUGGUGGAAGAAGGCCAACCUGAUCCAGAAUUCGACGCAAUUUUGGAUGUGGUGGAUCCAAAUCGAGACGGGCAUGUGUCAUUGCAGGAAUAUAUGGCGUUUAUGAUCAGCAAGGAAACUGAGAAUGUUCAAAGUUCGGAAGAAAUUGAAAAGGCGUUCAGGGCUAUCACUGCAGGUGAUAGGCCAUAUGUUACACAAGAAGAGUUAUAUGCUAAUUUGACGAAGGAAAUGGCCGAUUAUUGCGUAGCACGCAUGAAACCUUACGUCGAACCCAAGACCGAACGACCAAUCGCCGGGGCCUUGGAUUAUAUAGAAUUUACUCGCACUCUCUUCCAGAAUUAAUACACUCGCUUGUCGUUUUAAUAGGGAUAGGGCUCUGUUCUUGCAAUAUCACUAACUUCAGUUGCACUAUUUUAAGCUUGAUUUUAUAUUGUGUUUUGCAUGACGUCACUUGUAUGAGAUGAUUAUAUUUAUCCUUUUCAAAAUAUAUGGCUUAUAGUUUUAA